AUGCCACAGGUGCCUGAAAGCUGCGAGGCAGAGGCAGGGGGAACCUAUUGCUCGGGUUCUGGGGUUUUUAGGCCGUCUCUCCACCAACCCCCCCCUCCCCAGGGCAGAACCUGCCUGCCUGUCUCCAGACCAGAAGUUUGCACCUGGAAGAUGGGAGGGGUGGAUGUGGGGAGUGCCGAUCAAAGUCUUAAAUCUGCACCUCCUUUCUCUGCCCUCUCACUCUGCUCCCCGAACCGCUGUGCCCAAAUCCCACCCGAUCUGGUGGGGUGGGGAAUUGGGGGUGAGCUGUCUGCCCACGUCCCACUUCCUGCUUUUCGUGGGCUGGGCUUCUGGCCCCUGAGGAGCACGUCAAACAAUCUGGGGCCUCUGGCUGGAUGGAGCAUUGGAGGGGUUGUCGAUUGGACAGUAAUUGUCCUGACAUGCCAGUACAAGAACAGUGUCUAUGCAUUUCAGAAGGUAGAGCUGGAGGUGCGGCAGAAGCGGGAGCAGGUGCCCCGAGGGACCAUCCUGCUCACGGUGGAGGAUCCGGAGGCUCAGGUGGGCAGUGGAGGAGCCACUCUAAAUGCCCUCCUGGUGGCUGCAGAGCACCUGAGUGCCCAGGCGGGCUACACAGUGGUCACUUCUGACGUCCUGCACUCAGCCCACAUCCUUAUCAUGCACAUGGGCCGAGACUUCCCCUUUGAUGACUGCGGCCGAGCUUUCACCUGCCUUCCCCUGGUGGACCCUGCAGCCCCAGUGGAGUCCCUCACCUGUAACCUGGACGAGCUGCUCUACAUCAUGACCCACAAGCUGGGCCGCGGCUCCCCGCCAGGCGUGUGGGUCUGCAGCACAGACAUGAUUCUCUCUGUUCCUGCAAGCCCAGAGAUUGGCUGGGAUGACUUCCGAGGAGCCAGAGUAUUCUCGCUGCCUGGGAGUGUGACCUAUGCCCGGGACCACGGGGUCUAUCUCGUUGACUCCCAGGGCCUGGUGCGGAACAUUUUCUACCGGGGCUCAGAGGCCCAGAUACGGCAGUGUGUGAGGCCCGACGGCAAAGUACCGCUGGUCUCUGGGAUUGUCUUCUUCUCUGUGGAAAUUGCUGAGCGACUCCUGGCCACUCAUGUCUCACCACCUUUGGACGCCUGCACCUAUAUGGGCCUGGACUCUGGUGCCCGGCCUAUCCAGCUGUCCCUAUUCUUUGACAUUUUGCUGUGCAUGGCACGGGAUAUAAACCGUGAGAGCUUUCUGGCUGGUUGUCACCCUGAGAUGGGUCAGGGUGACAUGGACCAAACAGGGGGCCGACGGAGCGCGCGGGCCAUGCUGUGGAAGAAGCUCCGGGACCAGCCUCUUAGCUUUGCAUACAUCCCCGAUGGUGCCUACGAUUAUAUGACCUCAUCAGCAAGUGCCCACCUCCGCAGCCUGACCCUCCCCCGGAACCUCUUUGCUCAGAUUGUGCACUCCCAGGUGGAGAAGCCUCAGUUCUUGGAAGCCGGCUGCUCUGUGGUCAAUAGUCUGCUGGAGGGAGAGGUUCACCUGGGCCCUGGGAGUGUGAUUCGUCAUUGCCACCUCCAGGGUCCCAUCCACAUUGGCCCUGGGUGCCUCCUGCUCGGCCUGGAUGGAGCUUCCUCCAGUGCCCUCCGUGGCUUGGAACUGCAUGACCUCAUCCUCCAAGGACAUCAUAUCCAGCUGCAGGACACCUCUGUCCGGGUGUUCACUCUCAUUGGGCGCCAAGACGACUGGCAGAGCCCAGCGUCAGGAAAGGGCACAUAUCUCAAUGUGCCCUGGACAGAGUUCUUCCAGAGGACAGGCAUCCGGGAUGGCGACAUAUGGGACCUGAAUACCCCAUCAGCAGAGCGCUGCCUUCUCACCGCUCGGCUCUUCCCGGUCUUCUUUGCCUCCCGGUCCCCGGGCCCCCAGGAUGUGCUGUGGCUGCUGGGCUCCAUGGGCGGAGACUCCCUGCAAGCCUGGAGAGCCGCCUGCCGCAUGUCCUGGAAGCAGCUUCAGCUGCAUCUGGACCAGGCUGCCACGCUGGCCUCUCGCCGGGCCCUCUUCUUCCAACAGGCCCAGGGAAAGGUGCGGCGUGUGCUGCAGGGGCAUCAAGACCACAGCCUGCUUCCACUGAUCAGGGCUGCCACCCAUGAGGGCCACCACGGGCUGCUGCUGACCACGCUGGACCAGGUGGCAGCCCAGGCUGAAGAUCCCGGUGUGGCAGCCCGGGCCUUGGCCUGUAUAGCUGAUGUACUGGGUUGCAUGGCUGGAGGCCAUGGAGGUCUUCGAAGUGGACCAGCAGCCAACCAGGAGUGGGCCCUGGCCUUUCAGUACCUGGAGAAUGGGGAUGUGGCUAGGGGUGUGGAAGAACUAGCCCGUGAGAGGACCAAGUGGCUGGGCAGGCCGGCCCUGCAGGUGAGAGCUGCCCGGCAUUAUGAAGGGGCUGAGCAGAUCCUCAUCCGCCAGGCGGUGAUGUCUGCCUGCCGCUUUGUCACCAUGGGGAAGGUUGAACCCCCACCUCAUGGGCACUGGGUGGUGGUGGAGUGUCCAGCCCGGGUGGACUUCUCUGGUGGUUGGAGUGAUACUCCACCCAUCACCUAUGAGCAUGGAGGAGCUGUGGUGGACCUGGCCAUCCUGGUGGAUGGGCGGAGGCCCAUCGGGGCGAGGGCACGUCGAAUCCCUGAGCCCGAGCUGCGGCUGUCAAUAGGGACCCAUUCAGGUGAGGUGUUCACAGACCUCGUGUGCCAGAGCCUAGAGGACCUGCAGGAUUACUGUCAGCCUCAUGCACCAGGGGCCCUGCUGAAGGCAGCUUUCAUCUGUGCCCAGAUUGUGCAGCUUCCCUCCUCAAAGUCCCUGCAGACCCAGCUUUGCCAUGGCUUUGGGGGAGGCUUCGAGCUGCACACUUGGUCUGACCUGCCUCACGGCUCUGGCUUGGGCACAAGCAGCAUCUUGGCAGGAGCAGUGCUGGCAGCCUUGCAUCGGGCAGCAGGGAGAGCAGUGGGCACUCAAGCCUUGAUCCACGCUGUGCUACAUUUGGAGCAGAUGCUUACCACAGGAGGUGGCUGGCAAGACCAGGUGGGUGGCCUUGUACCCGGCAUAAAGAUAGGGCGAUCGAGGGCUCAGCUGCCAUUGAAGGUGGAAGUGGAGGAGAUUUCGGUGCCUACAGACUUCAUACAGACCCUCAAUGAUCACCUGCUCCUCGUGUACACAGGCAAGACACGCUUGGCACGAAACAUGCUGCAGGAUGUACUGAGGAACUGGUAUGCCCGGCUGCCUGCUGUAGUGGACAAUGCCCAGGCUCUGAUAGAAAAUGCGGAGGAAUGUGCUCAGGCCUUCUGCCAAGGGAGCCUGCCCCUUCUGGGCCAGUGUCUGACUCGGUACUGGGGGCAGAAGAAGUGCAUGGCUCCUGGCUGUGAGCCCCAGGCUGUGCGGCGCAUGAUGGACAUCCUGAAGCCCUAUGCGUAUGGCCAGAGCCUGGCAGGGGCCGGCGGUGGCGGCUUCCUCUACUUGUUGACUAAAGAGGCCCGGCAGAAGGAGGUCCUAGAGAGAGUGCUGGCCAAGACAGAGGGCUUAGAGAACUGCAGCAUCCACUUGGUGGAAGUGGACACCCAGGGCUUCAGCCUGCAGUUGCUGGACAGUGACCCUUCCGCCUGACGGAUCCUGGACUUCCAAGCCCUGCUCCAGCCAGACUUGGUUGUAAUGCCAGGAGGGGAAGAGCCUGCACUUUGUGCCCCGUGAACCCUGGCUUUGUUGCUUUCCUCAUAGAGGAGGAAGAUUCUCUUGUUUCUCUCUGGGGACUUGAGAUGACAAGAAAGGCCCCUCUUUGAGGAAGGGCCUCCUGGAGCUAGGGCUGGGAAGCAGGCGUCAGCACAGCCUCGCUCUCGGCCAUACUGAGACUGAAGGGCCUCACCUCAUCCUCCCUUCACCACGGCCUGAAGGCUCAGAGGCCCAGGGCCCACCUAGCUGACCAAUGUGAGCCAAUCUCUGAUCCCACCAUGCUAUCGAUCUGACUAAAUGCUACUUUCAGAUGGAACACUAUGAGGAAGGGGAGCUAAUGUGGAACUCAGGGGAGGCCCCUCUCUGGGUAAGAAUGAGCCAUCUUGUUUCCAAGGACUCAGCUAGCCCUCCACGAGGUUCUGCUGCUAAUUCUGUCAAAAUUCAUUUCUACAAAGUGGGUAAAUGCCUAGCCACCCCCUGCUGACCCAGAAAUUAAACCACUUGGCCCCUCACACACUCCAUUUCCCCCACCAGGUAGCCCUAGGAAUCUUGGCCUUGUCUUUCCCUCUUCUCCAGUGCCCCUUCCCCAGGGGGGCCGACUCUGCCUCAGGGACUCUCUAGGAUAUAAUUCUAGUUUUCCCUACACCUUGGCCCAACUGUAGAAAGUGUACUGGGUGCAGGGUAGACCAGAGGAAGCCAGGCUUCUGUCCCACCAAGGCUCACAGAACUAUUAAUGUUGUAGCGCCUCAGCCAGCAAGGGAAGGGGCAGGGAAUGAAACUGCAGUCACUUUGGGGAUGGGCAGGCUGGGGCGUUUAUGAGGCUGACUGCUUUCAUGCCAACCACAAUGAGUACGGUGAGAUGCUAUCUUCACCCACACCCAACUCUCUAGCCGGGGGCCUGAGCUGGAGAGGAUACCGUACAAAGUCCCUGCAAAUUCAGGUUUGGACAAAUGAAUGUUGAGUCAUACGUUCCAAAGGGAUCACAAGGGACACGUGCACAGGCUGCUGCCAGAACUAGGCCUUUCGGGUUGUGAUUUUUAGUAGCAAUAAAUCAAUCACUUUUGAA